CGGACCCCACCCUGUCUUGUGACCAUCCCAACACACCAAGAGAAAACAGAGCUAUGCAGAGAUGCCUUUGUUGCCCUCCUUCUUGGUCCUAUUCCUCUGCCUGCACAGUAGCCUCUCAUGCCCACAGGGGUGCGAUUGCCCCGUGGGGAGUGGUGUGGUGUGGUGCAACCGGAGACAGCUGAUGGCGAUCCCUUUCGACAUUCCUCGCAACACCCUGGUACUUUACCUGGACUCUAACUGGAUCACCCACGUGCCGAACGGUGCCUUCCGCGGCCUGACGCAGCUCCGAGAACUCCACCUUGCGGACAAUCUCAUCAGGAACAUUGCUCCGGGGGCUUUUCGUGGGCUGGGGGGUACGUUGAGGCUACUGGACCUUUCAGGCAACCAGCUGCAGACACUGGAGGUGUCUCCCUUUGCCACACUGGUGUGGGUCAAGCUCGAGCUCUAUGACAAUCCCUGGCACUGUGACUGUUCCCUGCAGGAACUGAUGGAGGCUCUUCCCUUGGACACGGAGACAGUGGAUGACAUUGUGUGUGCCACUGCUCCGUGGGAGGCGUAUAUUGGCAAGCCCCUGGCCCAUUUGCUCCACAGUGGCGUCAACCUCUGUGUCAGCCAGCAAAGGAACACUGACCUGGCUAUGCUGCUCACCAUGUUUUGUUGGUUCACCGUGGUCAUCACUUACGUCAUCUAUUACGUCCGACGCAACCAAGCUGAAUCUAGACGUCACCUGGAGUACCUCAAAUCCCUGCCCCUGCCCCGCAAACAGUCUACCCCUGAGGAGGAGGGAGAAACAGACACACUCAGCACCAUACUCUGAGGGCUAACUU